GAGAGAGAGAGAGAGAGAGUGAGAUUCAGAGAGCAAUCGCUCAGCUAAAGUGGAUUUCCGGUGAAUAGAAAAUAACAACAACAACAACACAUGCGACACAACGUUGUUGGAUUGAACUCGACGCUACCCCAUUUGCUGGAAGGAGCAGCAGCUCGGAGUUAGGGCGAGUGCCACUUUGUGUGCGCUGCCUCAGUUACAGUUACAAAAGUAUAUAUAUAUAUUUAGACAUAUAGCAAAAGGGAAUGUCUGCCAGUUGCCGGAGAAGCGUUGCCAGCGUAAGACGCUGCCACAAUAUGUCCAGAAGCCUGCUGAUCCUGCUGUUGUUAUGCGUUUGGGGCGCAACAGCGCGGCGAGCCCCAGCAGCUAGUUCACAGGAGCUAACCAAGGACUAUGAUAGUACACCCAACAACAACAGCAACAACAGCUAUAUCAAUGUGACACACACACAAAACAGUAUCAAUGCAGAGGAGGACGAGGAUGCGGAUGAAGAUGACAAGGUUGGUUUGACUGGCGCCGGCUCUGGCAGCAGCGCGGGCGGUGCCGGUGGCAGCAACGAUGCCAAGCAACAGUUUGCGCCACGUUUUAGGAAUCCCAAACGAAUGAGCACCUUGUAUACGCGACCCUCGGGCUCAACGCUGUCGCUGAGCUGUAGUGCGGCGGGCAAUCCAGAGCCAAAUAUCACCUGGUAUCGCAAUGGCAGCAGCGAUUGGACGCGCACCUAUGGCAGCUAUCGCAAGACCAAGUGGCAAAUCACCAUGGAGGAUCUGGUGCCGGAGGAUUCGGACCAGUACAUUUGCAAGGUGUGCAAUCCGCUGGGCUGUCUCAGCCAUGUGAUGAACGUGAUGGUCAGCGAUCGGGUGAAUCACAAGCCCAUUCUACUCAAAGGGCCCGCCAAUCUGACGCUUCUAAUCAAUGACAGCGGCCAAAUGGAGUGCAAAUAUUUAUCGGAUUUGACCAGCAAGAAGGCCUGGAUCUUUAUGCCCUGCAAGAGCGUAAAUGAUUGCUCCAAGAAUCGCACAGUUCUAGUCGAGGAUGUGGAUCGUUUGGAGUUUACGAAUGUGACACAGGAGCAGGAGGGCUGGUACACGUGCAUCGAGAGCAACAGCCUGGGCCAAUCUACAAGUCGCGCCUAUUUGCGUGUGGUGCGCAGCCUGCAGCUGCUCGAGGCGAAUCUGGGCAGUGUGGUGCGCGAUAAUGGAAUGAUGGCCAUAUUCAUCACGGUCACCUUUCUGCUGAUCAUGCUGUGCAUAAUCUUUGUGGCGUAUGCAGUGCGCAAGAUGAAGCACGAGAAGCUGCUCAAGCAGCGCAUCGAGACGGUGCAUCAGUGGACCAAAAAGGUUAUCAUCUAUAAGCCGGCUAGCGGUGGCGAUUCCAGCGGCUCAAUGGACACGAUGAUAAUGCCGGUGGUGCGCAUUGAGAAGCAACGCACCACUGUGCUUCAGAGCGGCAACGAGCCCGUGCCCUUCAACGAAUACGAAUUCCCGCUUGAUUCCAACUGGGAGCUGCCGCGCAGUCAACUGGUCUUGGGCGCCACUCUUGGCGAGGGCGCCUUUGGGCGUGUCGUCAUGGCGGAGGUGAACAAUGCCAUUGUCGCUGUCAAGAUGGUCAAGGAAGGUCACACGGACGACGAUAUUGCCAGUUUGGUGCGUGAAAUGGAGGUCAUGAAGAUCAUUGGCAGGCACAUCAAUAUCAUCAAUCUGCUGGGCUGUUGCAGCCAGAGCGGACCGCUCUAUGUCAUCGUGGAGUAUGCACCCCAUGGCAAUCUGAAGGACUUCCUGUACAAGAAUCGACCUCUAAGCAAGGAGCAGCUGGACAGUAGCUCACAGUCAGCGCCGCCAGCACCACAGCAUGUGAUCACCGAAAAGGAUCUGAUCAAGUUUGCCCAUCAAAUAGCACGCGGCAUGGAUUAUCUGGCCUCGCGGCGCUGCAUUCACCGGGAUCUGGCGGCACGCAAUGUUCUCGUCAGCGAUGACUACGUGCUCAAGAUUGCCGACUUUGGACUGGCCCGAGAUAUUCAGAGUACGGAUUAUUAUCGCAAGAACACCAAUGGGCGCUUGCCCAUCAAGUGGAUGGCGCCCGAGUCGCUGCAGGAAAAGUUCUAUGACUCACAGAGCGAUGUGUGGUCCUAUGGCAUACUCCUCUGGGAGAUUAUGACGUUUGGAGCGCAACCAUAUCCGGCUAUUAUGUCCGCCGAGGAGCUCUACAGCUAUCUGAUGUCCGGACAGCGCAUGGAGAAGCCGGCGAAGUGCUCAAUGAAUAUUUAUAUUCUGAUGCGCCAGUGCUGGCACUUUGAUGCCAGCGCACGGCCGCCCUUCACGGAGAUCGUGGAGUACAUGGACAAGCUUCUGCAGGCCAAAGAGGAUUACCUAGAUGUGGAUGUGGCCAAUCUAGAGACGCCGCCCUCGACCAGUGAUGAGGAGGAGGACGAUGCAUCUGAUGUGGAGCAAUCGCGCUAUCACUACUAGUUGAUCGAUAACGAUAACGAUAACGAUAACGAUCACUGAUCAUCGAUCGAGUUCAUUGAAAAACUGUACAUACUUCGCCCUCGGGCUAACUAACGAUAAGUCUGUAAAUCGCUUGAAUUUUAUUGCACCAAAGGCGUAAACCAAAAAUUUUUACGAUAUUUUACAUUAUAUUUAUCUAUACAUAUAUGUCACGUUGAAGCGUGUUUGAUUUCUAUUUAUAAAGAUGUAAAGUAAUUGUGUGUAAAUUUUCAUCUUCUUUUUAUCGAGCAUGCACUUAACUUCAAUCUUUUUUUCAUUUGGAAAUCAGUUUUUAAAAAGAAUGUCAAUUCGGGAUUUAAAUAAUUUAGAAACUGUCGGAAGAAUUUCAAAGAAAGAACAAACAUUAAGAGAUGAAGGCAUAGAAGAAUGCUAAAAAAUGUGGUCGCUCGAAAACGUUUCCAUAAAUUAAGGUCUUUAAUUUAAAUGAAUUAAGAUUUCUGAUAAAUGAUCGAGUUUUUCGCAUCUCUUCAAAUAUACAUUUUUUUAAAGCCCAUCAGUAAUUUCUCAAGUUUCUACAAAACAAAAAAAAAUAAAAUUAUUUGUGGAUUAAAAGUAUGGAUAAGACGCAGCGUUCUAAUUUGCGAGCCAUCACUGUAAGAGAAUAAAACCAAAAAUACCUUUUUGUUGCAUUUAAUUUAACAUACAUAUUAAUUAGCCAUGACUUUUUUCCUAAUAAAAAUUGUGCUCAAAGAAGGUGAACUUUUAUAUAUCUAUCACAAUUUACAGUGUUAUACGUAUUACAAAAGAAGAAAUUUUAAUAGAUAUGUGUGUGAACAAGAGAGUAUCUUGAAAUUGAAUAGAAUUCAGGCUGCAGCUUAUGCAACUACAUAUAAUCAUAAGUUAAUUUAUAGAUCGGUUGUAUUUGUAUUUUUAUUUGUACUGAUUCUGCGUAGUAUUCACAUUGUUCAUUGUUCAAUGUUAAAGCAAAUGUUUCUUAUAAUAUAAGCUCUAUAGCAUGCAUGCUAGUGCCUUAUACAAAAAUAAAUGUUGUACUCA